AUGGUGGCCGAAGAGGAUAGCGCCGCCAACACCGAAGAGCGUCCGCAUUCGCCGCCAACGUUGCGUCGAGGUGGACGUGGCGGAGUGGGAGUGAACAGUGUUGGCGGCGGAGUUGGACGCACAUCUGGCGGAGAUGGAGCUAUCGACGAGCAUGACGAUAGCAAUUUACUACUGUUUGAAGGCAUCGACGGUGCUAUGGCGCAUUUGGACGAUAUAUUUGAUGUCAUAAAAAAUGGAGAAGUCAGUGAUGUGGAAAAUUUGGUGGAGAAAUUCGGAAUAGAAUGUUUGUCGGCACGUGACAGACAUGGCUACACGCCUGGUCAUUGGGUGGCACUCAGCGGCAAUGUAGAAAUUAUGCGCUAUCUAAUUGAACGUAAUGCGCCGGUUGAUUUGCCAUGUUUAGGGACACAGGGCCCCCGCCCCAUACACUGGGCAUGUCGCAAAGGUCAUGCCGCAGUGGUGCAAGUUUUGUUGCAGGCCGGUGUGGCUGUGAAUGCGGCAGAUUUUAAAGGUCUAACGCCACUCAUGAGCGCAUGCAUGUAUGGCAAGACAGCUACGGCAGCCUACUUACUCGGCAUGGGUGCGCUUAAUCAUCUUACGGACAUAAAUGGUGACACGGCUUUGCACUGGGCAGCCUACAAAGGGCAUGCCGAUCUCAUGCGUUUGCUUAUGUAUUCGGGUGUUGAGCUCCAAAAAACCGAUAAUUUCGGUUCGACACCAUUACAUUUAGCAUGCCUGUCGGGCAAUAUGACAUGUGUACGAUUGUUGUGCGAAAAAUCUAACAUGGAUUUGGAGCCGCGAGACAAGAAUGGUAAAACGCCGAUAAUGUUGGCACAGGCGCAUCAGCAUCAGGACAUAGUACGAUUACUAUACAAUGAAGUGAAGAAAAAAUCACGCUGGAUACCGUCAAUUUCGGAAAUUUGGGGUUGGUUAUUUGGUGGAGCAGGCGACUCGAAAGGACCUUUGCUACUUUUCUUAUUCUCGGUGUUAUUAUGGGGAUAUCCCAUGUACAUGAUAAGAGCUAUACCAAUCACCUGGAACAUUUUACGUCGCUCCCAUUACUGUUUCAUUUAUUGGAAUGCAGUGAUGUGGAUCAGUUGGGUCAUAGCGAAUCGUCGUGAUCCAGGCUAUAUACCGCUAAGCUCUGAUGCCUACUAUCGCGCCAUCAAACAGAUACCUUACUUUGACAAGUUGAAAAAGCGAAAUGUAAUUUUAACGCGUUUGUGCCACAGCUGCCGCUGUUUGCGUCCAUUGCGAGCUAAGCACUGUCGCGUCUGUAACCGAUGUGUAUCGUAUUUUGACCACCACUGCCCGUUCAUUCACAACUGUGUAGGUUUGCGGAACCGUAUGUGGUUCUUCUUGUUUGUACUCUCAGUGGCUGUGAAUUGCUCGUUUACCAUUUACUUCGCUUGCUAUUGCGUGAUGAUUGAGGGCUUUACGUUGCUCUAUGUUUUAGGACUAUUGGAGGCUGUGGUGUUUUGCGCUCUCGGCUGGAUAUUGACUUGUACAUCGAUAUUGCAUGCCUGCAUGAAUCUAACGACCAACGAAAUGUUCAAUUACAAACGUUAUCCAUAUUUGCGUGAUAAGCGUGGACGAUAUCAAAACCCAUUCUCGCGGGGACCCAUAUUAAAUUUGCUAGAAUUUUUUGUCUGCUUACCUGAUCGUAUCGAUGAAAAUGAUUUGCUUAUGGAGGAUAAUAUUUGAUUGAAAACUUAGGUACGCGCUAAUACGGGGCGUCGUAAAUUACCAUCACAUGGAUAAUAAAUAGCUAAAUAAAUCAAGGUGCAGCGUUUUAAGGCCUGCAAAAAUGGAUGCAGUUCGAAUGAGAAAAUAAGAAUUGGAAGCUAUUUUGCUUGGACUUUAAUGCACUUUUCAGCCUUAGCAUACGCUUAUGGGAAAUUAGAAAUCUUAUGGAAUACACGCAACAAAUACGAUGAGAAAAAGUGAAUACAUCAGGAACAAGUAACCGAUGCCCGUUGUAUUGUUAUAAAAUAUGAUCAAAAACAACGUAGUCAAUGAUGGGACAUGAACUUAUCUUUGACCAAAA